CCUUGCACUCGCUGGCAAAGCAGCUCGGAGCCAGGUGCUAUUUGCAAAGCCUUGAGAGCACAGCCCGGUGGGAAGGGGAAAAAGGCAUAAUAACAACAAUAAUAAUAAUAGUAAUUUCCCCCAAAGCCCCCAAACCCUCCUGACAGCGAGCAACUCCGUGAUCCAGGCGGGGGACGACGAGUGGAGGCAGGCCUUUGAACUUCCAGUUAAUCCCCAGCCACCCCUCUCCAUCCCAAAGGCGCCCCCGAAACGCAUCGUGUUCGCGCAACAGCCACGGGACAGCGCGCCUUCCCCGGGCGGUGUCUCCAACUCCGCUCUCCGAGGAAAAACUUCCCGCAGCGCCGUCUUCUAAGCGACUCUGGAAGCUUCGGUGGUCGCCGGUUCUGCUCUCAAUUAUCGUUAUUUUAAUUGAAUUUCUUUUUAGCAGUAAUCGUUAACUUGAAAGAUCCAGAACAACAAAAUAAGCUCUCCCUCGCUCAGCGCGCGGCGCGUCCCGGCGGCUCCAGCGCAGCCAGCGACCUCGGUGGGGUCUCGAGGGAAGUUUGGUGACGACGUGGAGCCCACCAUGCCGGUGCCACGAUCUCGGAGCUCCCGGCCUGCAUCCUCCACGGGGCUCGGGAUGCUGCUGCUGCUGCUCGCAGCGGCCGCCGGGCUGCUGUCCGUGCCGGGCGCUCACGGGCGCCCCACCGAGGAGGACGAAGAGUUGGUGCUCCCUACGCUGGAGCGCGCCCGCGGACCGGGGACCACGCGCCUCCUCCUGGAUGCCUUUGGUCAGCCACUGCACCUGAAGCUGCAUCCAGAUCACGGUUUCUUGGCGCCUGGCUUCACACUCCAGACCGUAGGGCGCAGACCCGAGCCCGAGACGCAGCGUCUGGAGCCCGCCGGCGACCUGGCACACUGCUUCUACUCGGGCACGGUGAAUGGAGACCCCAACUCAGCCGCCGCCCUUAGCCUCUGUGAAGGGGUUCGCGGCGCCUUUUACCUGCGGGGCGAGGAGUUCUUCAUCCAGCCCGCUCCCGCUCCGGCCAGCGAGCGCCUCGCCCCCCGCGCGCCCGGGGAGGAGCCGCCCGCGCCGCCCCAGUUUCAUCUCCUACGCCGGCGGCGGCGGGGAGGCGGCGGCGCCAAAUGCGGAGUCGUGGACGAAGAUCCCCUGCCCGCCAGGGGCUCAGCACCGGAGGGCGACGAGCCUGAGACCCAGGGGCUCCAAAGAGACCCGGAUCCCGAACGAGAGGGACAGCCCACAGGAACUGGAAGCAUAAGAAAGAAACGAUUUGUGUCGAGCCCUCGCUAUGUAGAAACCAUGCUGGUGGCAGACCAGUCAAUGGCAGAGUUCCACGGCAGCGGCCUGAAGCACUACCUUCUCACCUUGUUCUCGGUGGCAGCCAGGCUAUACAAACACCCCAGCAUCCGCAAUUCCAUCAGCCUAGUGGUGGUGAAGAUUUUGGUUAUCUAUGAAGAACAGAAGGGGCCAGAAGUGACUUCCAAUGCUGCCCUCACCCUGCGCAACUUCUGCAACUGGCAGAAACAGCACAACCCACCCAGUGACAGAUACGCUGAGCAUUAUGACACAGCCAUUCUUUUCACCAGACAGGAUCUAUGUGGGGCCCAGACAUGUGACACUCUAGGGAUGGCCGAUGUUGGAACUGUGUGUGAUCCCAGCAGAAGCUGCUCUGUCAUAGAAGAUGAUGGUUUACAAGCUGCCUUUACCACAGCCCACGAAUUAGGCCAUGUGUUCAACAUGCCACAUGAUGAUGCCAAGCAGUGUGCCAGCCUGAAUGGAGUGAACCAGAAUUCCCACAUGAUGGCAUCGAUGCUUUCCAAUUUGGACCGUAGCCAGCCUUGGUCUCCCUGCAGUGCCUACAUGAUCACCUCAUUUUUGGAUAAUGGUCACGGGGAAUGUUUGAUGGACAAGCCCCAGAACCCCAUCCAGCUUCCAUCUGAUCUCCCUGGCACCCUCUAUGAUGCCAACCGUCAGUGUCAGUUUACGUUUGGGGAGGAGUCCAAACACUGCCCAGAUGAAGCCAGCACAUGCACCACUCUGUGGUGUACUGGUACCUCUGGUGGAAUGCUUGUGUGCCAAACCAAACACUUUCCCUGGGCAGAUGGCACCACCUGUGAAGAAGGGAAAUGGUGUGUGAACGGCAAGUGUGUGAACAAGACUGACAAGAAGCAUUUUGAUACUCCUGUUCAUGGAAGCUGGGGGCUAUGGGGGCCUUGGGGAGACUGCUCAAGAACCUGUGGCGGAGGAGUUCAGUAUACCAUGAGGGAAUGUGACAACCCGGUCCCAAAGAACGGAGGGAAGUACUGUGAAGGCAAGCGAGUGCGCUACAGGUCGUGUAACAUCCAGGACUGUCCAGAUAAUAAUGGAAAAACCUUCAGAGAAGAACAAUGUGAAGAACACAAUGAAUUUUCCAAAGCCUCUUUUGGAAGUGGGCCAGCUGUGGAGUGGACGCCCAAGUAUGCUGGCGUCUCACCAAAGGACAGGUGCAAGCUCAUCUGUCAAGCCAAAGGCAUUGGCUACUUCUUUGUUUUACAGCCCAAGGUUGUGGAUGGCACUCCAUGUAGUCCAGAUUCCACUUCUGUCUGCGUUCAAGGCCAGUGUGUAAAGGCUGGUUGUGAUCGCAUCAUAGACUCCAAAAAGAAGUUUGAUAAAUGUGGUAUUUGUGGAGGAAAUGGAUCUACAUGCAAGAAAAUAACUGGCUCUGUUACUAGUGCAAAGCCUGGGUAUCAUGACAUUGUCACAAUUCCAGCUGGAGCCACAAACAUUGAAGUAAAACAGCGAACCCAAAGAGGAUCCAGAAACAAUGGCAGCUUUCUUGCCAUUAAAGCCGCUGAUGGCACAUAUAUCCUGAAUGGCGACUUCACUUUGUCAACUCUAGAGCAAGACAUUACUUACAAAGGCAUUGUCUUAAGGUACAGUGGUUCCUCCGCAGCCUUGGAAAGAAUUCGCAGCUUUAGCCCACUCAAAGAGCCCUUAACCAUCCAAGUUCUGACAGUGGGCAAUGCCCUUCGACCCAAAAUUAAGUACACCUACUUUGUGAAGAAGAAGAAGGAAUCAUUCAAUGCCAUCCCAACUUUUUCAGAAUGGGUCAUUGAGGAGUGGGGUGAAUGUUCUAAGUCUUGUGGGUUGGGUUGGCAGAGAAGACUAGUCGAAUGCCGAGACAUUAAUGGGCAACCUGCUUCUGAGUGUGCAAAGGAAGUGAAGCCAGCCAGCACCAGACCUUGCGCGGACCUGCCUUGCCCUCACUGGCAGGUGGGCGAAUGGUCACCAUGUUCCAAAACUUGUGGGAAGGGUUACAAAAAGAGAACCCUGAAGUGUCUGUCCCAUGAUGGGGGGGUGCUGUCCCAUGAGAGCUGUGAUCCUUUAAAGAAACCUAAACAUUACAUCGACUUCUGCACAAUUGCAGAAUGCAGUUAGGUAAUGUCAGUCUGGAGGGAGAGUCAGUGAGGAAGGGCAGAUGCACAGAAAUCCGGAAUGCCAGAGGGAUAUCAUUUAUCUUGCCUGUAACCAAUGAGGUCUAUCAACUUGGUGGGAGUAUGGAGGAGAUAAGAAAUAGAUCAGAAGAAUAUUCAGCCGUUGCCAGUUUGAUAGUAGUUAACAAGCAUUAUUAGCCUCUGAGCAACAAUACAGCAUGAUAAAGGCUCCAGAACAUGAUUAUCAGUUUUUCUGUUACAUCCAUUACCAAAAUAGUUGUUAAAUAUGAGUCUGACAUGUUGUAAACCCUGUUUUCUGAUACUGAUUGAAUGCUCUGGGAUAAGAAAAGCAGACAAAAGAGAAAUUUUCCUUGAAGAUAUGGCUUACUUUACCUCCCAAACAAUAUGGGGAGAACAGUUCCAAUAGGAACUUUGAUUGCCACUGAAUAUGGCUGUUAGGCUCAUAGAACAUUUAUACUUUUUUUUUUCUGUCAAGAAUGAGAGUUCUGACUGUUGAAAGAAAGGCCUAGCUCUGUGAAACAGCUCACAGUCCCUUACUUUUUUGUCACCAUCUCAGUCUUUGUGUAAUACAUUUUGAGAAAGGAACAAUUCAAAUAUUGGUUGAUGUGCAUCAAGUCUACAAAGGCGCAAAUCAGCAGCAGAAUGCUAGGUGCUGGGAAAAGUAAAGGAGAUACAGUCAUCGUGGUACCUCCCAACUAGACUUUCCUCCUUAUGUAAGCCUACGUAGGAAACGUGGAUAUGAAAAAAAUAAUAAUUUAUGUUACAAGAAAGUCAGUAGGAUCACACUGAAAAGAUGCAAUGCCAGAAUUAGAAUGGGGCAUGUAGAACAGGGUCCCAUGGGUUCACAGACAUUGACAUCACUCAUCGUUCCAUGAGGAGCCUGCUAAGGGGUGGCAGGACUUUCCCUAGCAGCGGGUCCAACAGUCACAUCCUGGCGAAUGUCUGUUCACCUCUUCUACUGAGAGAGACUAUGACUUUGUCCAUGUGUACAUAGUAAAAACAUGUUUCUGUAAAUUGUAUGUACUUUGUAAGUAUUGGUUUGUGUGUUCCUUCUGGGAAGGACUAUAAUUUGUAAUAAAUGCCUAUAAUAACA